UUAUCAAAGAGGAUAUGAGCCGCGUGUAAAGGCGUCUGGAGCCCAACUCCCGACGCCAGGGGCCCACUUUUGGUGGUGAAGCCGUCAUAUCUAGUGUUGAGAGAAGGGCUGUAUCAACCUGUAAUAUGGCAAGGCUGAGCUCGAAACACUGACCGACAAUGAGUAAUGGGGUGUAGUUUUUAAUAUCGAAGCAAUCUGUUAUUACCAUCAAAGUUAAAGCAGAUGAUGUUCGUUUUCAAGGCACAAAGUUUAAGUUUAAGUUUCUUUAAUUACUCCAUUACAAAAUUCACGACCCUUUGAGAACAAAGGCAUAUCCAAUCUUCUACUACCUGUAGUCACUGGUCGCGCCAUAUCGUCGCCUAGAAACCGAUAGCACAUUUAUUGUUUGGAAUUGAUUUUGAUGUAAAGCUGGUAUAACCUGAUCAUAUUUGGCUUUCUUACAAUUAGAGAAAAUUGCAUAAAAUUAAGUUCAAUGGAGGAAGAAAAUAUUCCAAGCAAAGAUUCUACUCCUCCGGAAAGUGAAACGGCAGCAGAGAAGGAAGAAGAUAGAGAAGAAGAAAAAGAAGAAGAGAAAACACAGGUGAAUGUGGAGGUUCUCGAAGACGGAGAUGAUGUGACUUCUCAAAUUUAUCAAAUACGUCCACAACUGCACGAGAAGUUUAAACCUUUAAGUGCUAAAGAAGUUAUACAUAAUGUAUUAUUUGAUCAGCUUUCUGCUAAGAUUUAUGAUGCUGAAGAUGCUGUGCAAUGGACUAAGGACAUAGCAGAUAUAAUUAGAGAAAAAAUUAAAGAAUUAAGUUUCAAGCGUUACAAAUAUAUUGUAAAUGUGGUUUUGGGUGAGCAACACGGUGCUGGGGUAAAAAUGGGUACCAGAUGUAUUUGGGAUGCAGAAGCUGAUACAUAUGCGUAUGAUAGCUUUGCAAAUGACACUAUAUUCUGUGUGGCUACUGUGUAUGCUGUAUAUUUUUAUUAGAAAUGACAAAGUGCAGGGAAAUUAAACAUGUUCUCAUAGAAGGAGCAGGCACUUUAUUAACAUAAAAGUUAUUAUUACUCAUCAGCACACAUUUUAUAUAUUGAGAUGGCACAAUUUUUACACAUAUUUAAACAUAAUAUUUUUAUCUAUGUAUUUUAUAAUACACAGGCUCAUUUUUAUAAUGAGAGUGUAUUAUAUUUACAUACUUCUUGUAUAACAUUAACAUUAUUAUAGCACCAUAAUUCACGGUAUUAUUUUAUAGUUACAAAAAUUUUGUUAUCAUCAGUAAAGGCACCUACUAUCAUGGCUAUGACUUUUACUUACAUUUCUUUAUGUUAGGAUUGACUUAAGUUAUUAAGAAUGUGUUUGUAAAAUAAUUAUAUUGAUACAUUUUUUAUUUAUUUUGACCAUAAAAUUCGGCAAAUGUAUACGUGUGUAAAUAGAUAUAUUGUAACAAUUGAUAAUUAAGAUGUAAGUGUCAAUUUUAUAUGCUUUGUAAUGUACUGUAAAUAUUAUAUCAUUUUAAUAAAGUUCUAUGAAAAUAUAUGUCAUUUUACCAUUGAUAAUUAUUCCAAGCCUUAUAAAAUUGUAAUGUAAAUUGAAAUAGAGUAUGAUACAGUGUAUGAGAAAAUGUAAAGAUUGUAAUAAAUAUUAAGGGGUUUUUAUAAUAAAA